AUGGCCAUGAAAUCACUGGCAAGGAAAAUCAAAAGUGAAAUGAACGAAUCAGCCAUAUUCAUUCACUGUUUAGCGCAUUGCCAAGAACUGAUCUUCAAAGAUGCCACCAAGCAUUGCCCAGCAUUGGAGGACGCUCAGACACUAUGUGAAGAUCUGUAUGUUGUUGUAGGGAUCAGCCCUAAACGUGUGGCUCUAUUUGCCAAGAUCCAGGAUGAGAUUGACAGUGAUGAUGUGUUGCGCCUCCAGAACCUCUCAAGGACUAGGUGGACAACAAGAGGGGCUGCAGGAAACGUUAUAACUUUAAAGCAUGCAGAACUAUUAGCAACUUUAAAGAUUAUUUCCGAGGACAAAAAUACUGAUAGCAAAUGCAAAGCCAAAGCAAAGGGGCUUCUCAUGAAACUGGAAACCGCCAAGCACAUGUUUAAUAUGUUUCUUAUGAGAGAUCUGGCACACAUUCUGUAA